AAUUUCUCUCUCUCUCUCCUCCCCUUGGAGUAUGGAGAAAAAGGGCGGGGGAGGAGAGAGAGGCCGUUUUUCAGUUGAGAAAAGAGAGAGAAAAAUGGUAAAGGCAAAGGCAUAUGUAAUAAAUGAAAAAGAGAAAGGAUCGUUACUCCUCGUUGCAUUGCAUGCAAGUGGCCUGAAAACGAAGCGCAUUCUCGAAUAAGGUUCUUCUCAAUUGAUGGUGGAGAGGGAUCUUCUCUCAUCAUCUGGGACCAUUCUCUCUCUCUCUCUCUCUCUCUCUCUCUCUCUCUCCUUUUGAAAUGAAAUAGAUAUCGUCUCCUACAACGACACUGAUUCCAGGAACCGAUUCUCCCUAUCCCGAGAUGCCUAUUUAAUACCGAUAUGUGGAUUCCAAACAGGCCCUUGUACUUGUCUUCUUUUCUCUCCCUCUCUUCUCCUUCUCCAUCUCUUUUUAGGUUAUAUCCAGGCCUUUCUCUUCCCUUCGUCUGCGACGAUUGGCUUCCUUCCACUACUAGCGCUAGUACUAGCUCUAGCACUACUAUUAGAAGAAGAUCAGCUGCUACUGCAGGUGUCAAUCAGUUGCACUCCAGUUAUAUAAUGGAUGGACCGGGGGUAGAUGGCAAAACAUCAGAGAUUCAGCAGCCCAUUCGUAACUCUGGUGGUCAGGAUCGCGGUGUUUGGUCAUCUUCUGAAUGGGGUCGUAAAAUUGAUAUGGGAAAACGGAUAUUUUGCAAUAGAUCUUUAAAUAUGAAGAAUAUUGUUGCAGUUGGGUUUGAUAUGGAUUAUACCUUGGCACAAUACAUGCCUGAAACGUUUGAAUCGUUAGCAUACAAUGGCACGGUGAGAAAGCUGGUCUAUAAUCUGGGCUACCCACCAGAGUUACUGGAGUGGUCAUUCGAUUGGAAAUACAUGGUCAGGGGUCUGGUUCUUGACAAGAAGAGAGGCAACAUCUUAAAGAUGGAUCGGCACAAAUAUGUGAAAGUAGCCUACCAUGGCUUCAGGGAGAUGUCUAAAGAAGAUAAAAUUGCAACUUAUGGAAACACCUUGAUACGGGAUUCGUUUGAUGAGCCCGACUAUGCUCUUAUUGAUACUCUUUUCUCCCUUGCUGAGGCCUACCUAUUUGCUCAGCUCGUUGACUUGAAAGAUAGUUAUCCUGGGAAAGUUCCUGAUGGUGCUGAUUAUAGUCGUAUGUAUAGAGAUGUUCGUGCUGCAGUUGACUUGUGCCAUCGUGAUGGAACUUUGAAGCAAAUGGUUGCAAAGGAUCCUAGAAAGUACAUUAAUGAGGAUCUGUCAAUUGUACCUAUGCUUAAAAUGCUCCGAGAUUCUGGUCGCACAACAUUUUUGGUGACAAAUAGCUUGUGGGACUACACAAAUGUUGUUAUGAAUUUCCUAUGUGGAGCCCAAAAUUUGGAUGGCAGUGCUCUUUGCAACUAUGAUUGGCUUGAGAAUUUUGAUGUUGUCAUCACGGGCAGCUCAAAGCCGAGUUUUUUCCAUGAAGAAAAUCGUGCAAACCUAUUCGAAGUUGAACCUGAGACUGGGAUGCUAUUCAAUACUGACAAUGGCACUCUUCUUCCUCAGAUUGGAAACACAUCACCAAGAUUGCCAUAUAAGGGAGCUAAAAAGGCUUGCAGAGUUUUCCAGGGUGGGAGUGUUGGUCAUCUGCACAAACUGCUUUCAAUUGAAGCGAGUUCACAGGUUCUUUAUGUUGGAGAUCACAUUUAUGGAGAUAUUUUGCGCAGCAAAAAAGUAUUGGGUUGGAGGACAAUGCUAGUUGUUCCAGAGCUUGAAAAGGAGGUAGAGCUUCUUUGGCAAUCAAGGGAUACACGCAAGGAGCUUCGGUUGUUAAGAAAGGAGCGUGAUCUUGUUGAAGACAAAAUACAUCAUCUUAAGUGGUCUCUGAAAUUUGAACACACAGAUAUUGAAGAGAAGCAAAAGUUAUCUUCUGAACUCAAUCAAUUGGAGUCUCAAAGAGAUCGAGUUCGUUCUCUUCACCAACAUGCUCAGCGGGAAUGUCACCAAAAGUUUCACAAGGUCUGGGGACAACUCAUGAAGACUGGAUACCAAAACUCUCGCUUCGCACAUCAGGUUGAGAGGUUUGCAUGUCUGUACACUAGCCAAGUGACGAACUUGGGCUUAUACUCCCCUAACAAAUACUACAGAACAAGUGAAGAUUUCAUGCCCCAUGAAUUCGAUAUUCUUGGUCUGUGAGGAACCUAUCUGGGCCUAUUCCUAAAUCUCUUUUGAGUACUUGGAUGGUCAAGAUGGAUCUGCAUGUUUGGCACAGAAGGCAGUUCCUGAAUCUUUAAGUAAUGUGUUUGCAACAGGUGGGCCAUUGGAAGGGGUGGCUGGUACCGACUGUAAAGGGGUCAAUUCUACCAUGCAAAUGCCAUGCUGUAGAUGUCUGUCCAAAUCUUCUGUAGUACUGUUAAUGCCAGGCUGUACAUGUCUGUCCAAAUGUUCUGUAGUACUGUUGACUAAAAACAGAUGUUUGAUCAAUGGCAGUUGUUAUUGGGAAAGCUUGCUUUUUA